UCCCGCACAGACCGUUGGUGUUUUCACGUCUUAACAAAAAUGCCUUCCAAAAAAUCCCAAAAUUCUCUGAUCUUCUUCUUCUUCCUCUAACCCUAACCCUAACCCUAAUUUCCAAUUCCCAUAUUCACCUCUUUCCAUUCGCCAUCCUUCAAAUGUCUCUCUCUGAUCUAUAAUUAUGCCAACCGUAGCAUCUUUUCUCUUGUAUAACCCACCAGAUGCACAUGAUUAAACGCAACCACUAUUUUUUUAUAUGAUUUGAUUAUUUUGUGCGUGUGUUUUUUUUAUGAUCGAAUUAAUUUCUGGAUUUUGAGCCGUGGAUCGAUUUGAAGGUGGGAAUUUUUUGAUUGGGUGGUUAUAAUGUCAAACAUCCGCGGCGGGGAUUUCAAUCAAAAGAUUGAUUAUGUAUUCAAAGUGGUUUUGAUUGGGGAUUCAGCAGUUGGGAAAUCUCAGCUGCUGGCUCGUUUCUCCCGGAACCAAUUUAGUUUGGAUUCGAAAGCCACAAUUGGUGUUGAAUUCCAGACUAAAACCCUUGUUAUUGAUAAUAAAACUGUUAAAGCGCAAAUUUGGGAUACUGCUGGCCAAGAAAGGUAUAGGGCUGUGACGAGCGCAUACUACCGAGGAGCCGUAGGAGCAAUGUUAGUUUACGACAUGACCAAGCGUCAAUCGUUUGACAACAUGGCAAGGUGGCUAGAGGAAUUGAGGGGGCAUGCCGAUAAGAACAUUGUUGUAAUGCUCAUCGGCAACAAAUGUGACUUGGGGAGCCUGAGAGCAGUCCCAACUGAAGAUGCACAAGAGUUUGCUCAAAGAGAGAACCUGUUCUUCAUGGAGACAUCAGCUCUAGAAUCAACCAAUGUUGAAACUGCAUUUUUGACAAUUCUAACCGAGAUAUACCGAAUAAUCAGCAAGAAAACCCUUUCUGCAAAUGAUGAGUUAGACGCCAAUGGUAAUUCGGGUCUUCUUAAGGGAACCAGGAUUAUUGUUCCCAAUCAAGAGCCGCAAAUCCAAAAUCAAGGUGGCUGCUGUGGAGGAUCCUAAUUCUAAUAACAAUACCUUUGUUUUCUUUCUUAUAUAUCUUUGCCAAGCUUUUAUGAUUUGUUAAUUUAGGUUUGUUUGUUGUGUAAUUCUUAUAAAAAGUAUAUCAACAUUUUAUAGGAAAAGGUCAUUCGUUAAUACCCUUGUUCCACAGAACGAGGUGCUGAUCAAUUAAUAUUAAUUAUUUUAUUC